AUGAAUGGAAUUGCUCGCUACCUGCUCACAAGCGGUUUAGUCUUGGGCGCCAUGCAGGUCAUUAUUGGGCCGACAUCGGACUGGAACGCGCGACGGGAGGCCGCUGAGGCUCUCAAGCUUGCCAUGCAACCGCGCAAAAUCGAAGAAGAGUAA